AUGCCAGAAAUGGAUCAUUUGAAAUCUAAAAAUCAGUAUUGGUUACCGAAUUUAAGAAGUUGGGCAACAGAUGGUACCAAGCGUCCCUUGCUCUCAGACAGUAAAGAGAGAAACAUCUUUUUGAUGGGUCCACCCGGCGCUGGAAAAACGACAGUGGCGAAGGUGUUAGGUAAACUAUUAGAAAAACAUGUAAUGGAUAUUGAUGACGAUUGGUUAGAAAUCCAUUGGAAAACAAGUGUUGCCGAUAAAUUAGCUGAAUUGGGUGAUGAAGGAUUUUUAGAAGCGGAAGGCGAGGAAAUGUUAAAAUUUCAGAAGAAAAACUAUGUUGUAUCCCUAACAGGUUCGAAUGCAUUACACUCUCGUUCAAUGGAACACCUUUCGAAAAGCGGGAUCUUUAUUUACCUCGAUGUACCAACGAGUUUAAUACUAAGUCGAUGUAAAUUAAUGAAAAUUGAUCGAAUUGUAGGACAGAGUACAAAAAGUCUCGCUGAUAUAUUAGCGUAUCGACAAAGUAUAUACGAGAACAGUUAUG